GCGAAUCCUUCGCCCCGAAGCCUCCCACUACCAAUUGGUCCCAUCCCUCCUCCUCCCGCUUCCCCCCCAUAAGAUCAUUUAUCUCUCGUCAUUGUUCGAGCCCAACACGCGCGCGCGCGACUCGUAGGAAUUCGGUUCGGAUUCGUGCGUGCACCGAAGGAGGCGGAGGCGGAGGCGGCCCAAGCGUCGGCGCCACCUCACUCUCCCACCCCCAUCCCGCCGCCUCCCCCGAUUCCUCCCCCAAACCCCUCCUCCUCCUCCGCCGCCGCUGCCGUCGCCAUGGGUGGCCCCCUCACCGCCGCCGGAGGUCGAGGAGAUGGGGGCGCCAAGGCGGUGGAACCGCUCCGGCCUCCGCCGCCGCCCGACCCGAAGACAAUGGCCAGAUGGUACCAGCUGGAGGCGCUGGAGCGGGCGGUGCGGGGGAACACCCUGGCGUUCCUGGAGACCGGGAGCGGGAAGACGCUCAUCGCGGUGAUGCUGCUCCGGGCGUACGCGCACCGCGUGCGGAGGCCGGACUCGCGCCGCUUCGCCGUCUUCCUCGUCCCCACCGUCGUCCUCGUGGGCCAGCAGGCGCGCGUCGUCGAGCAGCACACCGACCUCGUCGUCAAGCAGUUCUGCGGCGAGAUGGGGGUCGACUUCUGGGACGCCGCCACCUGGCGAUCCCAACUGGAGGACGGCGAGGUGCUCGUCAUGACGCCGCAGAUCCUGCUCGACAACCUCCGCCACAGCUUCUUCCGCCUCCAGGACAUCGCGCUGCUCAUCUUCGACGAGUGUCACCACGCCAGGGGCAAUACACCGUACGCCUGCAUUUUCAAGGAAUUUUAUCACCCCCAGUUGAAUUCUAGUGCGUCAGACCCUCUGCCAAGGAUAUUUGGGAUGUCUGCUUCGCUCAUUUAUUCAAAAGAUUUGAAUCAGCACAAUUAUUCAAAGCAAAUUUCUGAGAUUGAGAAUCUCAUGAAUUCCAAGGUGUACACUGUUGAUAGUGAAUCAGCUUUGUCGGAGUACAUACCAUUUGCUUCUACAAAAAUAGUGCACUUUGACGAUUCCAACAUUUCAUCUGAGCUGCAUGCCAAUAUUCUCAGUUGUUUGAAUAGAUUGACAAAAAAGCAUAUAGAAGCUCUGGACAGAAAACUACAUGGUUCAUCUCUGGAAAACGCUAAGCAAAGGAUAUCAAAAUUGCAUCGUACAUUUGUAUAUUGUUUAUAUAAUCUAGGAGUAUGGCUGGCAGCAAAGGCUGCUGAGGUACAAUCAUACGAGGAAAACAGCCUAUCCUUCUGGGGUGAAACAUUGGAUAAAAAUGUUGAGGGCUUCAUUAGAAACUACAGCGAAGAAGUACAUAGAGAACUUUCAUGUUUCUUGAAGAAUGGUCAUAUUGGUGAAAAAUUUCCAGCUGAUUCGCAAGAUGGGAUAUUGACACCCAAAGUUCAUUGCCUUAUUCGAACUCUUCUGCAGUACAGGCAUAUGCAAGACUUAAGAUGCAUUGUGUUUGUUCAGAGAGUUAUCACAAGCAUAGUAUUAGAGCCCCUACUUUCAUCUAUUCAUCAAAUGUCUGGGUGGAAUGUUAAGCACAUGGCAGGAAGCCGUCCUGGUUUGCUAUCUCAGAGCAGGAAAAAUCAUACAGAAAUUGUUGAAUCUUUUCGAAAAGGAAAGGUACAUAUAAUUAUUGCCACACAAAUUUUGGAGGAGGGUUUAGAUGUGCCAAGUUGUAACUUGGUAAUUCGCUUUGAUCCAUCAGCAACAGUAUGCAGCUUUAUACAGUCCCGUGGUCGAGCUAGGAUGGAAAACUCUGACUAUCUUUUACUUGUCGGAAGGGGGGAUGUGGAAGCUCAUACUAAUGCAAAGAAGUUUCUCGCAAGUGGGCAAAUAAUGCGGGAGGAAUCUCUGAGAUUGGGAUCAAUUUCUUGUCAACCACUUGAGAACACCUUGUGCGAGGAUACCUAUUACCGUGUCGAGUCAACUCCAGCGUUCGAUAUAGACAAGGCAUCUGGCACAUGCACUCUGCAUCUUCCUAAGAGCAGUCCUGUGCAGACAGUUAAUGUAGAAGGAGAAGGUUCUAUUCUCAAGGAGACAGUUUGUCUUAAGGCCUGCCAAGAACUACAUGCCAUUGGUGCACUCACAGAUUCUCUUUUACCAGAAUUAGAUGUUCCAUGUGAUGAAGAACCUGACAUCGUUGUUGAGAACAAAAUUGAGCAGCCUUCUUACUUUCCAGAAGAAUUUGUGGAUAAUUGGCGCUCCUUUUCUCGUCUUGGCAUAUAUUAUUGCUAUAAGAUCUCAUUGGAAGGAUGUCCCAAAACAGCUUCUCCAACUGACAUACUGUUAGCUUUGAAGUGUGAUUUGGGAUCUGACUUUACUUCUAGCUCAUUUAAAUUGCCAGGUGGGCAAGACAAUGCUAGUGUUACCAUGAAAUAUGUUGGCAUCAUCCAUCUCAAUCAAGAACAGGUAAUUAUUGCUAGAAGAUUUCAGACAACUAUUCUUUCGUUUCUUAUUGGUGAUGACCAUUUGGAGGUUAGCAAUGGUAUUAAAUACUUCCAUGAGAUGCAAGUGCCUAUUGGAGUAGUCUAUCUACUUCUGCCUUUAGUUUCUGGCAGAAUUGAUUGGUGCAGUAUGAAGUUCUCAUCCUCACCAAUAUAUGAAGCUAACAACAAACAUAUGACACAUUGCCAUUCUUGUAGAGAUAUUGAUUUACUGCAGACAAAAGAUGGUCCUUUCUGCAGGUGCAUCCUUAAAAAUUCCAUUGUGUGUACCCCUCAUAAUAACAUCUUUUAUGUUAUUAGUGGGUUUCUUGACUUAGAUGCAAAUUCCCGUUUGCCUCAACAUGAUGGGACUGUUGUUACCUACAAAGAUUAUUUUAAGACUAGGCAUGGUCUUACUUUGACUUUUGAAAAUCAGCCGCUCUUGGCUGGCAGUAAACAUGUGAAAGUGCGGAACUUCCUCCACAACUACUACUAUAAAAAAGAAAAAGAACCUGGUGAUAGAUAUAGUGUUGAGUUGCCACCUGAACUCUGCAGAAUUAUCAUGUCACCAGUGUCCGCCAAUAAUUUGCACAUCUUCUCAUAUGUUCCUUCCAUAAUGUUCCGCAUCCAGUGCAUGCUUCUUUCUGUGAAAUUAAAGGUCCAAUUAGGCCCAACAGUGCAGCAGUUUGACGUACCGGUUUUGAAGAUCCUGGAAGCAUUAACAACAAAGAAAUGCCAAGAAGAAUUUUCACAGGAAUCAUUAGAAACACUUGGGGAUUCUUUCCUCAAAUAUGUUACAACUCGGCACCUUUUUAGUGAAUACAGGCUUCAACAUGAAGGCAUAUUAACAAAAAUGAAGAAAAACUUGAUCUCCAAUGCAGCUCUGUGCCAGCUGGCCUGCAGCAGUAAUCUUGUGGGUUACAUUCAUGCUGAGGAGUUUAAUCCAAGAGAUUGGAUCAUCCCUUGCUUGGACUAUGAUGAGCGUGGUAACAAAAAAAUUUCCUUUCUGGCACCCAAUGGUAUGUACAGCCAAAGGAAAAUGUCUAUUAAAAGUAAGAGGAUUGCGGAUUCAGUUGAGGCCUUAAUUGGGGCUUACCUCAGUACUGCUGGGGAAAAGGCAGCAUUUCUUUUGAUGAAAUCAUUAGGGAUGAAUAUAGAAUUUCACACUGAAAUUCCAGUUGAAAGGAAAAUUUCAAUGAAAGCUGAAGAGUUCAUUGAUGUGAGGAGCUUAGAGGGAAUGCUUGGUUACAAGUUCAAUGAUUCUUUAUUAUUGCUCGAAGCAUUGACACAUGGCUCAUAUCAGACUUCUGGCCCUACUUCAUGCUAUCAGAGGCUCGAGUUUCUUGGAGAUGCUAUUUUGGAUCAUCUUUUCACUGAAUAUUACUACAGCAAAUACCCUGACUGUACUCCAGAAUUGUUGACAGAUCUUAGAUCUGCCUCUGUGAACAACAAUUGUUACGCGCAUGCAGCUGUUAAAUCAGGAUUAAACAAGCAUAUCCUUCACUCAUCAUCAGAACUGCAUAGGAAGAUGAGCUACUACCUUGGGCAGUCAUUUACAGGUCCAUCUUAUGGCUGGGAAGCGGGCAUUGGUCUACCAAAGGUUCUCGGGGAUGUGAUUGAAUCAAUAGCUGGUGCAAUUUAUCUCGACAGCAAGUGUGACAAGGAGGUUGUUUGGAGAAGCAUGAAGCGGCUAUUGGAACCUCUUGCCACCCCCGAAACCAUCGAGCCUGACCCGGUGAAAGGGCUGCAAGAAUUUUGUGAUCGUAGAUCAUUCAAAAUAACCUACGAAAAAAACCAUGUUGAUGGAGUCUCAUCGGUCAUUGCUCGGGUGAAGGCUGGAGAGACUACAUACUCCGCAACAAAAUCAGGUCCCUGCAAGUUGGCGAAAAAGUUGGCAUCAAAGGCUGUGCUUAAAGAUCUGAUUGCUGGUCACAAAGAUACAGAGGCUGCUGCAGUAUAGUGAUGCUUAACUAUUUAAGCGUGCAACAGUAGCUAACAAUUGAUAUAGAUAGUUGCGCACAAUAGAAAAGUUUUGGUUGGAUUCAUACAUGUAAUUUGGAAAUGCUCCUUUUUGUGUGCUCGCAAACGAUGCGUGUGAACGGCCUCAUGAAUUCUGGUAGGUUUUCAUGCUUCAAACUUACAAGUAUCGCAAUUUUGUAAAUUACAAAUACGGGCAUAGCACACCUGCCCAUGCCAUGCAGUAGUUUUUUUUUCCUCGAAAUAGUAGCAUUAGUUGUAUAUUACUCAUAGCAUCAGAUUGUACAGAAAGCAUGCCAGCAAAAACGAAAAAAUGUACAGACAGCAUUUUGUUCGCAUCAAGGGAAAACUUGUUUUAAGA